AAAAUGUUUAUGUUUAAUACUUGGACUGUAACAUUGUUUUAUAUUUUCAACACACUGUUGAUAAAUUCAAAACUACUAUACAAUAGACAACGCGUAUGCAGUGUUAGGAAUUUAUUACGAACAGAUCAUUAGCAAUGGUUGAGUGUACCGAAAAUUCGAACUGUAAUUCCACACAAAAGAAAAAAAGUGCGGAUGUUGAUAGUUCUUUGCGAAUGGCCGGGUACGGCUCCUUUCAUUACGAAUUUUUGGUAAUUUGUGCCUGUUGUAUAUUAUCAGCGGGUUUUCAAAAUGGUCUGUCUGCAUAUUUGCUGCCAGCUGCUCAGUGCGAAUUAGGUUUAAAUUACGCUGACAUAGGAUUUACUAACGCGGCAUUUUUAGUUGGCGGUACAAGUAGUGCCCUUUUUUGGGGCAUUAUUGCCGAUGUAACGGGGCGCAAACGGGUCCUUUUUAUAACGCUCAUGCUGGACUUUUUUGCCAAUGUCGCGUGCUGUUUCGUGCAAAAUGUUGUCGAGUUAUCCCUUUGCCGAUUUUUGAGCGGUUUCAUAAUAGGAGCCCCUGCGAGUCUUAUAUUCACAUUUAUGGCGGAAUUUCACGCCCCAGAAAACCGAGCAAAAGUGAUAUGCUUCUCCGGAGUAUUUUUUACCGUUUCAUGGCUAAUUUUGCCCAUUAUUGCGUGGUUAGUUCUGUCUUUUCCUUUUAACUUUCGAUUAUCUUCAACUUUAACUAUCACGUCGUGGAGAUUUUUAAUUUUCGUUAUAUCAUUAUCGGAUUUAAUAUCCGCGGUUUGGUUGCUAAGGCUCCCCGAAAGUCCCGAUUUUUUGGUCACGAAAGGGAAAACGAAAAAAGCAUUGGAAAUAAUUAAAAAAAUCUAUUCGAGAAAUACUGGAGAAAAAAAGGAGAAUUUUGCAAUCGGGGACAUUCGAGUUCCUAUUAGAGUAGACAGCGACGAUCCAAAAGAGCAUAAACAGGGUAAAGUUAUCAGGAUCUUUAAGUGUAUUUAUUCUCAAAUUAAAAUCGUUUUUGAAAAGCCGCUUAUAGUAAAUAGUGUACUUAUGAGUACCAUUAUGUUUGGAAAUAUGUAUGGGUAAGUAUUUUAUAUCAAUAUACUUGCAUAACUUUGUUAAAUCAGGUUCGCAAAAUUAAAAAUGUUUUGCUAAGCGUGUAUGAUUUAUGUUAAUGUAGGAAUUUUCGCCUUUGUAUACCUGUGUACAAUUAAUUUCGAAACGAUUACAGUACAGUAGAGUAUGUGAAAGGUGCAAGACUAAAGCUCUCUAGCAAUUAAAGCGGUGAAAAAUUUUUGAUUUAUCCCUUUACAUAAUACAACACCGACGUCCUGCUUCAAAGUGCUAAAGCUUCUUCAGGGAAGAUUGCGAAAGUCAGAUUAUAAAACAGUAACUCAGAGAUGCAGAAAUUCUGUACAUUAAAUAAUAAUCUACUUAUUAAGUUUCAUCCGCUCUUAUACUUUUAGUGUGUAAAUAACUAACACUAAUAAAUUAAUUAACACCCCCGUGAUA